UCACUCCCCGCCCCGAGCCCCGCGGCGGAGCCGAGCGGGACGGCGCGCUCCGUGCGGCUCCGUGCGGCUCCGUGCGGCUCCGUGCGGCUCCGUGCGGCUCCGUGCGGCUCCGUGCGGCUCGGCGGCACGGCUCGGGACCCAGCAUGGAGGCGGCGAGGCUGUGGCGGGCGCUGCUUUCCCUGGGGCUGGGGCUCUCGUUGCUGCUGGUCGUGUCCGGUGAUUUCUGCGAUGUAAACCACUGUCAGAAUGGGGGCACCUGCCUGACAGGGAUUAACGAGGCCCCCUUCUUCUGCAUCUGCCCGGAGGGCUAUGUUGGGAUUGACUGCAAUGAGACGGAGAAAGGCCCCUGCCACCCCAAUCCUUGCCACAACAACGGUGAGUGCCAGCUGGUCCCAAACCGGGGGGAUGUCUUCACUGACUACAUCUGCAAGUGCCCUGCGGGGUAUGACGGGGUGCACUGCCAGAACAACAAGAAUGAGUGCUACUCCCAGCCUUGCAAAAACGGAGGCACCUGCCUAGACCUGGAUGGCAACUAUGCCUGCAAGUGUCCUUCUCCAUUCUUGGGGAAGACCUGCCAAGUCCGCUGUGCUGUUCUCCUGGGCAUGGAAGGAGGAGCCAUCUCUGACUCUCAGCUCUCGGCAUCCUCUGUCCACUACGGCUUCCUCGGCCUCCAGCGCUGGGGGCCAGAGCUCGCCCGCCUCAACAACCAUGGCAUUGUCAACGCCUGGACCUCUGGCAACUAUGACAAGAGCCCCUGGAUCCAGGCCAACCUGCUGCGGAAGAUGCGGCUGAGCGGGAUCAUCACGCAAGGCGCUCGCCGUGUGGGCCAGCAAGAGUACGUCCGCGCCUACAAAGUUGCCUACAGCCUGGAUGGGCGUGAGUUCACCUUCUGCAAGGAUGAGAAGCAGGAUGCAGACAAGGUUUUCCAGGGGAAUGUGGACUACGGCACCAUGCAGACCAACAUGUUUAACCCUCCCAUCACCGCCCAGUUCAUCCGCAUCUACCCUGUGAUGUGCCGCCGUGCCUGCACGCUGCGCUUUGAACUCAUUGGCUGUGAGAUGAACGGUUGCUCGGAGCCUCUGGGCAUGAAAUCCCGCCUGAUCUCCGACCAGCAGAUCACAGCCUCCAGCGUCUUCAAGACCUGGGGCAUCGAUGCUUUUACCUGGCACCCCCAUUACGCUCGCCUGGACAAGACAGGCAAAACCAAUGCCUGGACAGCACUCCACAAUGGCCAGUCUGAGUGGCUGCAGAUUGACCUCCGGGACCAGAAGAAAGUGACGGGCAUCAUUACACAAGGAGCCCGGGACUUUGGGCACAUCCAAUACGUGGCAGCCUACAAGGUGGCCUACAGUGACAAUGGCACGUCCUGGACCCUCUACCAGGAUGGCCAGACAAACAGCACCAAGAUCUUCCACGGUAACAGUGACAACUAUUCACACAAGAAGAAUGUGUUUGAUGUGCCCUUCUACGCCCGCUUUGUCCGCAUCCUGCCCGUGGCCUGGCACAACCGCAUCACCCUGCGUGUGGAGCUGCUGGGCUGCGACGAGUAGGCGCCUGGGGAGGAAGGACGGGGCUGCUCUUCUCCACUGCCUGACCAGUGCCCUGCCUGCCCCUGCCCGCUCCUGCUCUGACCUCACACCCCCCUCUCCAUGUCCCCAAACUUGGGAGGCGGCUGGGAGGGCUUCCCUGCCCCCCGUUGGUGCUGGGGCCACAGCACUGCACUUUACAGGGCCCUUCAGGUGGGAGGCAGGGACUGCUCCUGCUGUUUCCUCCCCCUAGCCAGGGGUGAGAUCCCCUCCUGCAACAAGGGUGUGGCUGGGGGACCCCAUCCUGCAAAUGGGUCUUGGCUGGAGGAUCCCGUUCUGCAACCAGGGCUUGGCUGCAUCCUCCCAACUAAGCCUGGAGACAAAUUUUCUCUCCCUUUUUGCUUCUGCUUCCAGCAGAGAGGCUGCAGCCAGCGGCAGUCACCUGCCUGCACUGGAGCUCGGGGCUCAGCAGUUUUGGGGGGUUAGGGCAGGCACUCGGGCUUGCAGCCUCCCACGUUCCUCCUGCUCCCUCCACAGCUGCAAGCAGAGGCUCCAAAGAACCUAUUUGGCUGUUGCUCCCUGCCCGUUUUGCCAGGCCCUGGGUCUCUCUGCCUGUGGUGUCAGCACCGCAUAGUGCAAGGGGAGUGAUGAGACGGCUCCUAUCAAGAGGCACUGGCUCCCCAUCACUGGUGGCUCUACCCGCUGUGUGAUCCCGGCAGGCGCUGCAGCUGGUGUUUUGGCAGGCACUGCCUGUUCCUCUUCCCGGGGUGCCAGCUCCAGUGCCCCUCAAGCCUCAGCAUUGCCACCAUCCCCACCUUACUGCAGUUUGGGGUGCCUGGAGGUCCCUUGUCCCCAGAGCCAAGUGGUGACCACCAGGGCUGCAAGCUGGUAGUGGGGGUGGGAUGGUUUGUAGCCACAAGGGUGCAGAGAAAAGAUGGGAAAGGUGGUGGUUAAUUCACCCAAAUGCAGUAGGCAGAGAGCUGUGCCAUGACCCUUUUAGUAACCUGAUUUUUUCCCUUUCUGUGGGGUAGAGGGGAGCCUCUUGCAAUGCUCAGUCCCUCAGGAUUAGCAGUAGGAGAUAAGUGAGACCUGGCACCAGCAAGUGGGAGUGCGGGCAGGGUGUCCGGGCAGCGGCGCUGGUGGCGAUGGUUCCUCCGCCUCCUGGGAUAUGAAGUGGCCGUGAGGCUGGGCUGGCGGUGGGUUCGCUUUGGCAAGCGCCGAGGGAGCCUGGGGGGGAUGGCAGCGGCGGCCCUGCUCCUGGGUGUGUCUGACAGUAUUAAAACCAGCUGAAACUUU